AUGUCAAAGCAUAAUACGAUGACUUCGAAUGUCAGUGGCAUGUUAUCUCAGAAACAGAAUAACUUACAGCAGUUACAAAACCUACAGAACCAUACUAAAAGUUUAACAUCCAAUGAAGUGCCACCUUCAACUAACGGUUUUGCCCCUGGAAGUAUUUCUGGUAGUUCCCAACCGCAAUUUCAGCAGCCGGCUCCGUACCCUUUGGAAGGGUUGACGUCGGAGACAACAGCUCAAAAUACCUUAACGGGGCAGCAGAUUCGUUCAGAUAGCGGGUCUACUUAUCGUAGAGUUCAAUCCGUUCAGUUGCAGUCUCCUCAGCAGAUAAAUGGAUCACCGGGCCUGCAACAAGGUUUCCAGCAAGUAAUACCGCAGGGCAGCUCGCAGGGGCAUCCUCAGAUGCAAUCUCAAGUACAAUCUCAGGGAUUUCCUUCACAGAUGCAGUCUUCCGCACCCGUCGGUUACAGCACUAUGACAACAAAUACUUCUGGCAGACCUUUGCAGGGAAGAAAUUCUUUGACUAGUACUUCAAACAUCUCAAGAGCGCGUACCUCUGCUCAUCGGCAAAGAAACUCAUUGAUUAAUCAACAUGACCCAAGGUCACCUUUAGUUGUUCUAAUGCCUACCUCAGCACAACCAACAGAGAUUCUGGCCAAUAGAUUUUCUGCAUGGAGGAAUAUCAUCAAAUCAAUAAUAAUAUACCUCACAGAGACCGCUUCUAUUCAGGAUGAAAUUGUAAGACAGCAGCUGAGACUAACUCAUGCAAUUCAGUUUCCUUUUUUCGUUAUCGAAAACCAGCAUCAGCCGACAACUUCAGAGGAAAAAGCAUCGCAGAAGUUCUUCCUUCCAUUGGGAAAUGGAUCUAUUCAGGAUCUACCAACCAUUUUAAACCAAUACCAUGGCUCUUUGGCAUCACAUGCCUCUCGUGCAUCGAAAGAAUUAACAAAUGACGUUAUUCCGCGUCUAGAAGAUCUAAGACGUGACUUGCUGGUCAAGAUGAAAGAAAUCAAGUCUCUACAAUCUGAUUUCAAAAAUAAUUGUGGUAGGGAAUUGCAACAAACAAAGCAGGAUAUGAAGCAUUUUCUAGAAUCUAUCGAGGAAGCGACUUUUGGAACAGCAAAACAAGACCCCUAUUUAACAAAGAUUAUCUUAGAUAAACAGAUAAGAAAGCAGCUGACGGAAGAGAAUUUUGUCCAUGAAGCUUUUGACAAUUUGGAAAAUUCUGGAGCAGAAUUAGAACGAGUUGUUGUUAUGGAAAUUCAGAAUGCUUUGACGUUGUAUGCGCGUUUGCUUGGUGAAGAAUCGCAACUUGUGUUCGACAUCUUGAUAUCUAAAUUGGAUAAUGGAUUCUUCAAUAAAGAUCCUCAAUUUGAAUGGGAAAACUUCAUUUUAAGAGAUCCGAAUUUCAUCGUUCCAAAUCUGCCAAUGAGAAAAAUGAAGGAAAUCGUUUACAAACACCAAUACAAUCCUUUAAUUCAUGAAAUUAAGUCAGGCGUACUGGAAAGGAGAUCAAAAUUCUUGAAGUCAUAUUCAAAAGGUUUUUAUGUCCUAACACCAAGUUUUCUGCAUGAGUUCAAAACAGCUGAUAGGAAGAAGGACAUGAUCCCAGUUAUGUCAUUAUCAUUAAGUGAAUGUACUGUAACUGAGCAUUCGAAGAAGGGAUCUGCUGAUGAUAGAUUUGUUGUACAUGCUAAACAAAAUGGUAUAAUCCAUCGUGGUCAUAAUUGGGUUUUUAGGGCUGAUAAUUAUGAGACAAUGAUGUCGUGGUUUGAAGAUUUGAAAAUUUUGACCUCUACAAGUAAUAUUCAAGAAAAGACUAAAUUUGUUACGGAGAAAUUGAAUUUGCAACCUGACGGUAGGCCAAAGCCAAAGUCAAGUUCUGCACAAACGUCAGUUACAAAUACGCCAACUCGUCCACAUGUGGAAAUUGCGAGCGCUAAUAACUUCCCAACUUCAACGCCCAGAUUGGACGAUCAAACAAAUACUAAUACGACUUCAUCAAUUCCGGACACAAAUGAUAUUCAAUUGGACGCUAUACCGAAUAUUUAUGUUGACGCCCCUGAACGUCCAACGAAAGAAGUAAGGUAA